AAAUAUAAAGAAGAAAAGUCGUCGGCGGAGGAAGUCAGUAGCCAAUAAUGAUAAGAAUCACCGGCUGUUCACAUGUGGAUUGAUUACCUCACAUUCAUAUUUAUUACAUAAACUCAUCUCUCUGUUUUUCUUUCUUAGAAUCAUUCAUAUUUCAGACACAAAGGCAGAGAAACAAAUUCUUGUAACAAUGGCAGGCAGAGAGAUUCUCCAUAAGAUGAAGGUUGGAUUAUGCGGAUCUGACACAGGCAGAGGUAAAACCAAGGUGUGGAAGAACAUCGCACACGGUUAUGACUUUGUGAAAGGCAAAGCGGGCCAUCCGAUGGAGGACUAUGUUGUGUCUGAGUUCAAGAAAGUAGACGGCCAUGAUUUGGGUUUGUUUGCUAUCUUUGAUGGUCACUUAGGGCAUGAUGUAGCCAAGUACUUGCAAACCAAUCUCUUUGAUAACAUACUCAAAGAGAAGGAUUUUUGGACUGAUACGAAAAACGCUAUAAGGAAUGCAUACAUAUCAACCGAUGCUGUGAUAUUAGAGCAGUCACUUAAACUUGGCAAAGGUGGAUCAACGGCUGUAACAGGCAUUCUGAUAGAUGGGAAAACGCUAGUGAUUGCUAACGUUGGAGACUCACGUGCAGUGAUGUCAAAGAACGGUGUUGCUUCUCAACUCUCUGUUGAUCAUGAACCAAGCAAGGAACAAAAGGAAAUAGAAAGCCGUGGUGGCUUUGUAUCAAAUAUUCCAGGGGAUGUUCCAAGAGUUGAUGGACAACUAGCGGUUGCUAGGGCGUUUGGAGAUAAGAGCUUAAAGAUACAUCUGAGCUCAGAUCCAGACAUAAGAGACGAGAAUAUCGAUCAUGAGACUGAGUUUAUCCUUUUCGCAAGUGAUGGAGUUUGGAAGGUGAUGUCGAACCAAGAAGCGGUGGAUUUGAUCAAAAGCAUAAAAGAUCCACAAGCGGCAGCCAAGGAGUUGAUAGAAGAAGCAGUCUCUAAGCAAAGCACAGACGACAUUUCUUGUAUAGUUCCGUGCUUCUUGCGACGAGAGGCUCUCUCAGAAAGGUAUUGUAGAUGAUUUGGAUGAUGAAGCUGAUUCUGUUGACAAAGACGUGUCAGUGCCAAUGGUAGAGAAACAGACACAAACUCAAAAUGGAAGUUCAAAAGCAAAAAAAAAGGCGUAAAGAGAAAGAUAUGGUUGUUGAAGCUUAUGUAAAGCAGACUGAAGCUCUUGAGAAGAAGAAUAGAAUAGUGGAACUGAUGUUGGAGCGGGAGCAUGCAUCUAGCGUUAAGAGUGUACUAGAGACGCUUAAUGGAUUGCCUGGAGUUAGGAUGUGGUCUCCAUUUCACAAGACAUCAAUUGACCAUCUUAUAGCUGAUGAAGCGAGUCGGCAGGGUUUUAUAGCGUUUCCUAGGGCUGAACAUAAGAGUAGAUUUUUGGAGUUUAUGACUAGAAGGAACCUUGAUGAUUGUAGUGUUGCUUGAUGAUAUUUCCACUACU